AUGUCUUCAAGUUCUUCCGAUGAACUUAUCAUCCCACCUCCGUUUCCCCAAUUAUCUAUCGGUAGUACGUUUGAUUUUUUUCAAAACGCGAUCAACGAAAUAGAAGAACUUGAAGACUCGGGAAGCUCUCGUGAAAGCCGAACCUAUAUCGAUCGCGAGAAAGAAGCCGCGCAUAGCAAACUCAUGCGCGCCUACUUCGGCGAAAACCCAAAGUUUGGGGAGCGUUGGUUUCGCCAUCGCUACCGUAUGAGCCAACGUUUGUUUUUGAAGAUUGUCGCCGACAUUGAAGCUACUUUCCCGUAUUUUCGAGAUGGAGUAGACGCGAGGGGAAAAAAGAGUUUCUCGCCGAUUCAAAAAUGCACGUCGGCAAUUAAACUACUUUCAACGGGUGAACCGGCGGACAACUAUGAUGAUUAUCUAUGUAUGGCCGAAAGAACAAGCCGGGAAACUCUCGAGUAUUUUUGUGACGCGGUUAUUCAUUUGUACAAGCGGGAGUAUUUGUGCAAACCGACAUCCCACGACGUCGCCUUGCUGUACAAUGAGCAUGAGGCGCGACACCAUCUGCCCGGUAUGCUCGGUAGCCUUGAUUGUACGCAUGUUAUUUAUGGAUUUGACAUUCGUUUUUUUGGUCCUCCCGGAUCAAACAACGACAUUAAUGUGUUGAAUCGGUCGCCGUUGUAUGAUACUACUAGAAAUGGAACGGCUCCGAACACGUCAUUCACUUUACGCGGCCGCUUGUACAGACGUGGGUAUUUGCUUACUGAUGGAAUAUAUCCUAAGUGGUCUACGUUUGUAAAAGCGUAUCCGCAUCCAGUUGAUCCAAAGGAAGUGAAAUUCAAGCGAGUGCAGGAGGCGGCGAGAAAAGAUGCAGAACGGGCUUUUGGGGUGCUUAAGGGAAAAUGGAAGAUUUUGAAACGUCCAAUCCAGAUUAUGGAUAAGGAGAAGAUAGGGAAAGUCGUCGACACAUGUUGUAUAUUACAUAACAUGAUCAUAAAGGACGACGGGAGGGCUAUCUCACCGGUUCAUAUAAUAGAUCCACCGGUGCCUGCAGCUUACGAUCCUAGAGUUCUACGAGAGUUACAUGACGAAAACGUCCAUCAUCGUCUUCGGUAUGAUUUAACGGAGCAUGUAUCGACGGUGGAUUUGGCAUACCUCGAUGACCCAGCAGCUCAACAACCACCGAUCGAGGAUUUGAUUUAG